AUGAUGCCACAGCAGGGAGCCGGCGGAAUCCCUCCUCAGCAAGCGAUGCCACCGCAGCAAUACCAACAGCAACCUCCGUACAUGAUGAUGAUGCCUCAGGGGGUUCCAUCGCAGCCUCCGCCGGCUGCUAUGUGGAACGGCCAUCAGGCUCAGGCCGCGCAGCAGCCGCCACAGCAGCAGCAAGUCCAGCAGGGCGGCGACGGCGGCGGUAGUGACGAGGUUCGAACUUUGUGGAUCGGCGACUUGCAGUACUGGAUGGACGAGAACUAUCUGAGUUCCUGCUUCGCACACACUGGCGAGGUUGCUUCAGUGAAAGUGAUACGGAAUAAGAUGACCAAUCAAGCGGAAGGGUACGGGUUUUUGGAGCUCAACAGCCAUGCUGCCGCAGAGAGAAUACUGCAAACCUUCAACGGCACACCUAUGCCGAAUGGUGAGCAGAACUUCAGGCUGAAUUGGGCAUCUUAUGGGGCCGGGGAGAAGCGUGACGAUGGUCCAGAGUACACCAUAUUCGUGGGAGACUUGGCAGCGGAUGUUACAGAUUACUUGCUUCAGGAAACUUUCAAGGUCCGCUAUCCAUCCGUGAAGGGUGCUAAGGUUGUGAUCGAUCGAACAACUAUGCGGACUAAGGGUUAUGGAUUUGUUCGGUUUACUGAUGAAGGUGAACAAAUGCGUGCCAUGACUGAGAUGAAUGGGGUUUUCUGUUCAACAAGGCCUAUGCGAGUUGGGGUAGCUUCUAACAAGAAGACUAUGGCUCCGAGAGCUUCAUUUCAGAAUUCUACCCAGAGGGAUAGCGAGAAUGACCCGAAUAAUACAACUAUUUUUGUUGGCAAUUUGGACUCGAAUGUCACGGAUGACCAUUUGAGGGAACUGUUUGGCCAAUAUGGCCAAUUGGUGCAUGUAAAGAUACCAGCAGGCAAAAGAUGUGGGUUUGUCCAGUAUGCCAAUAGGAGUUGUGCAGAGGAAGCAUUAAAUAGAUUAAAUGGGGCUGAACUGAGUGGUCAAAGUAUUCGACUUUCCUGGGGUCGCAACUCUUCCAACAAACAGUCUGAGGCCAGCAAUCAGUGGAAUGGUGGUGCUGCUGCUGACCAAGCUGGUGGAUAUUACGGCUAUGCGCAAGGUUACGAGAACUAUGGUUACGCACAACCUCCGCCACCCCAGGACCCAAACAUGUACUAUGGAGGAUACCCGGCUUAUGCCAAUUACCAACAGCAGCCACCCCAGCAGCAGCAAGUGGGGUAUAAUCAUAGGACCUGA